ACAGGGCCGAUCACAAGUCCACAUCAUGCAGCCACAGAUCUGGAUACUCAUGAGACAGAAGCAGCUCUCUGCCUUUUGACUUCCUACGGGCACAUCCAGGGUGGCUUUCUGCCUCACCAUGACACCCAUGUCCACAGAGCAGGUAAUGGUGCUGAGUUGAGCUGCUCUCUCUGCAGACUAGAGAACUCUGUGACACGUGGAGUGAUAAACAGCCACCUAUGCAGUCACUGUGGUCACCCCUGGGCCUGGAAGACAAAGCUGCCCCUGAAACUGUGUCCCUUCCCCACCCACAGUGCUUCCUUGUCCCCAUCUCUGUGACAAACCAGGUAAAGAAGACACCAUUUCUUUUCUCUGAUCAUCUUUCAUGACUCUUAAUUUUCUUGUUUAAAAUACAAUCAGAGGUUGAAAAUUUUUGCGUUAGGGUCAAGUAUUCAUUAUCAUUAUCCCCCAAGGGAGACAAUUUUACAGUCAAGUGUGUGUGAGGGAAUUGGUAGAUAAAUGACCUUCCUUUCUGCAGAACAAAAGCUAAAAGGGUUUAUCCAUUUUUCCUUUUUCCUGAAGUAAAGCGAUUCAUUUCAAGACAGCCUUGUCAGGAGCUCAGAUUGUUUUAUGCCGGCUCCACGGUAAUAAAAUAGAUACUCCUUAAUUUUCCAUUUUGGGUUUCGUGGUGGUCAUGGUGGCAAGGGGAGGAGAUCAAGUCAUUUUUCAAAGUGUGAAGUAAAUGAUGUUCUAAUAAGACUGAUGUGAGAGAAUCAAAGACUAGCACAAAGGGUAUCACAAGGCCAAGAGAUAUAAAUUAGACCUGUAUGUUCCCAAAGGCAAUGGUUUUCAUAUUUUAACACAGCUAAGUAUCACCUAUAACACAUGUUAUAACAUGGACUUCUGGCCCCACCUGCAGCAUUUUUAGUGGUGAGGAAGUGAGGUUUGCAUUUCUAACACAUUCCCAAGUGAUGCUGACGCAGCUGCCCCAGGGACCCUGCUUUGAGAAGCACUGACAUAGAAGAACCUUCACGAUUCCAUGGGCUGCCCCUCCUCUCUGAAGAUGCAGCAACCUGCUUGUCAUUCUCCUUUGGGAAAGGACAAAGGUGCAGUAGCGGAAGAGCUGCUCUCCAGUGUUGAAGCUGAGCAACCUCAGUGUGGUCCAGAGAACAGUAACCCAGACAGUGUCUCCUGGAAGCUUCUGGAAACUGGUCCUCUUAGCCCCAUGCAAAAGGUGGAGUCAUCUGGCCCAGAAGUGCAGCCCCAAGGCUGUGGGCCCUCUCCUCAGCGCCCACUGAGCCUGUCCAAGAAGCACUGCGAAAACCAGGGGACCCUUCUGCAGUUUGACCGGCAGGCCCCUGGCCGCAUUUCCACCUCUCCUACUCUGAGGAGGUUAAGGGGCAGUGGCAGGGGGACUUCGUUCUCACUGUCUCAGCAAGAUGCCUUGGAAGUGCCCAUUUGGGGAAGCUGGAGAGCCCUUGCAGGCUCCCCAGGUCACCUCCCCAAGAGUCCACUUGGAAGCCCAAAGGAUUCUCCACACUCCCUGUAUCCCUUGAGACCCCGCUCAGGACAUGCAGACCCUAAGGGGGCCCUCAACACCGACUCCAUGGAAUCCCAAACCAGGUCUCCCGAUGAGGACCCCCUUCCAGUGAUUCGGCCCAUCAAUGAGCCAUCUCUUCACCAGCCCUCUCUUCCAGCACAAGAAGACCAUGGACUGCCCAGCCCCACCCCACAGCACCCAAAUCCUCAGGGAGAAGAAUCACAUCGCUCCAGGUUCUACGAGCACAGGCGGAGUUCCGUGGUGUUGAACUUACCCGGGCUUGAGGUGUUCCCCGGGGACCUCCUGGUGUCUGAUGGAGCUGCUGAUUACCUGUGCCACCCACUUCUGCUGCUGAAUUCAGAAUCCAAAAAGCCAAGAUGGCCUUUCUCCAAGAGAGGAGUGCAGGGCAAAGACAAACACAAGUACAUAACGGAUCUGGAAAACUGCCUCUCUUCAGUGAAGAUCAGAGACUUCGGGGUCUAUGAGUUUUGCAGCCUAAAGGAUAAGACCUGGAAUGAAGUCAUGGAAACACAUCAAAAAGUCCCUACUGAUCAAUUAGACUUAAGAAAGCAGCAAGAGGCUGUGUGGGAACUUUUCACGAGUGAAUGCACUUAUUUCUUGGACCAUUUAUUAGUUCUGAAGAUGAUCUUUAUGAAUACACUAAAAUAUCUGCAAAAUCAUGAGUAUCUUCUGGAUGUGGAUUUAUGGAGACUUUUUGCAAACCUGGAGGAGUUAACUCAGACAAGCCUUGGCUUUGUGAACGGUCUUUUCAGCAUCAUCAAGAACUACGUAGACGCAUCUGAGGCUUUGCCAUUGAUGGACUUCAUUUCUGUACUCACAAAGUAUUUCCGUGGGAGCCUCUGUCAGAGCCACCAGAUGUACUGUUUGAACUACUCUGCUGCUGUGUUUUAUCUGGAGACCCUGAGGCAGAGAGAUGACUUUGGCAUCUACUUAAAAUGGUGUGAGCAAAAUGAACAGUGCAGACGGCUUCAUCUACCCGAGCUCUUGGUGGCCCCACUACACAGGCUUACCCGGUAUCCCUUGUUGCUGAAGAACAUCUGGAGAAGGAGUAUAGACUCUACUGAGAAAAUCAUGAUCUACUCCAUCAAGGAAAAGGUGGAAAAAUCUCUCCGGGAUCUUGAAGGAAAAGUGAAGUGGUUGGACAAUUUCCAAAAAUUUAGACAUCUACAAGAGAUUAUAGUGUGGCCUCCGCUUUGGGACAGAGAUAAAAGGUUUUUCAUUCCAGAGUAUUUGAAACACAUUUUUAAAGAACACAUGGCAGAAAACAUCUUGUCGCCAACCAACAGAUGCCUUCUCUAUGACGGGAAAUUAACUCUUGCAGAGAGCACAAGAUUCCUAGACGUUUACCUGUUCCUCUUCGAUGACUUCCUCUUAGUUACAAAGACUAAGCGCAACAAAAAGAAACUUGGAGGCUCAGACACUGGCGUAAUGUGUCCUUUGCUUACUCCUGAGCUGCAAGCCAUAAUAAAAGAGGGUGGUUCAUGUAAAGUACUUGAUCAACCCAUUCCACUAGAUAGAUUGGUAGUCAAAAGUAUUGACCCACUCCACGUGUCAGUCUUUGGACUGAGAAAUGCUUUUCUUAUACAACAUGAAAACAGAUAUCGACAGUGUAUAGCAGCAUUCUUAUUACAAGCCCAGAUGGAAAAUGACAAAAAAGCAUGGAUAGCACAACUAACAGCAGCAAUCUCUUGCUACAGUAAGAAUCAGGAAACCAAGAAAAUAUCUUUAUUCACAUUGCCUGCAGAAUCUUCUGAAAUUUAGGGACUUAAAACAAGUCCACACUUUUCAGAGGUUAGGGUUUAAAGCAUUUCAUUUAAACUUAUUAACACUUAUCUCACGAUGAGCUAAAAGGAAAUGUGCUUUUUAAAGGCAUCCCAGAAUUUGAGAAUUUAAGCUAGGAAAGUCCUUAGAGAAAUAAUGACUGCAACAAAUUUGAAUUCAGAUUUCUUGACAAAUAUAUAUUGAUAUCCAGACUUCUAAUGCUUCAGUCAGACCUGUAUGAAGAGCAGGUGAAGAAUGGUGCUGUUAUAAUUUGUAAAUGGUGAAUGACCAGGCAAAUGGAGUAUCAGAAAGAUUAGGCAGUGCUUGUGUCCAAUGUGAAUUCUAGCAUUUACUCCAUAAGUAUCUAUAAAAUAAUGAAACCAAUUUUUCUACGUUGCUUGUAAAUCAGUCUUACUGCUUUAUAGUCCUACCUCAAACACAAUGACAAUUUUUGAUCUACAUUUGUGGCUUUUUAAAUAUAUUAUACAAUAAAUAAGGAGUUCAUUUCAAUAGCAGUUUUAGAAUUCCUAUCUUCAACAGUCAGUUUAUAUAUCUUAGAUAUAUUUAUAAUGAUCUAAUUUGUAAUAUGAAAACCCCAAAGACUAAAUUCCAUUGUUUAAAAAAAAAAUUAUUCCAGAUUUACGAGUUAACAUCUUUACAUGGAAGCUGCUCAUAGGAAUAGUAUCUUUCUCUUAACUUCAAUUUUUGAAGAAUGAUGGUAUUUGUCAAAAAACAUUUUGUGGUGUGUGUGUGUGUGUUAGCAUAGUACAAUCACUUCAUUUUAU